AAUCGGGAUAAGAUUGUAACUCGAACCAUUCCGAACCGUUUAUAUAUAACGGGACAAGACGUGGGACAACCUAAAAUCCGAACCGUCUCGAUCCAUGCCCACCCCUAAUGACCGGUUCUUAGAAGGUUCUCCCUACAGAGCUUCCCAGUUAGAGGAGAAGGUGAGAGAAUGGGAGCAGAAAGCCCGGGAGAUGAGCGUCGUCAUCAUGCGACAAACUGAUGAACUAGCGAAGCUCUCUAAGGCUGUCAGGGUCGUGGGUGCUAAGAACCCUCAGCUGAAGGAGGAGAACACCCGGAUGGACAAGGUCUCCCACUUGAAGGAGGCUUUGGAGGAGAAGGAGCAGUAGCUACCCGGUAGAGCCUGGUAGUCGAUGGGGGGAGAAUAAAGCCGAAGCCACCCGGGGGUUGACACCGACCUUGGAAGACACGAUGGAAUCCUU